CUGUCAUUCUCUCAUACAGACGCUCUCUACAUCUUUCAACCUUUUCUUCCAUGGCUGCUGCUAAUUCCAAUGGAAAAACCAGCGGCCUGAGAUCUGUAUUUCUGCAGGUCUAUGCUCGCCUGAAAUCUGAUCUACUUCAAGAUCUCGCUUUUGAUUGGACUGAAGAUUCUCGCCAAUGGAUCGAUCGGAUGCUGGAGUACAAUGUACCUGGAGGGAAACUGAAUCGUGGCUUAUCUGUGAUUGAUAGCUACAAGUUGUUAAAAGAUGGACAGGAACUAAGCGAAGAUGAAAUCUUCCUUUCAUGCUCACUUGGGUGGUGUAUUGAAUGGCUUCAAGCAUAUUUUCUUGUCCUCGAUGAUAUUAUGGAUGGAUCGCACACACGGCGGGGUCAGCCUUGUUGGUUCAGAGUGCCUAAGGUUGACAUGAUUGCAAUCAAUGAUGGGAUUCUACUUCGCAACCAUGUUCCUAUAAUUAUCAGAAAGAAUUUCAGGGAAAAGUCUUAUUAUGUGGAUCUCCUGGAUUUAUUCAAUGAGGUGGAGUUUCAGACAGCUUCAGGACAGAUGCUAGAUUUGAUCACUACUCAUGAAGGAGAAAAAGAUCUGUCCAAGUACACAAUGCCAGUUUAUUGUCGCAUUGUUCAGUACAAAACCGCCUACUAUUCAUUUUAUCUUCCAGUUGCAUGUGCAUUGCUUAUGUCGGGUGAGAACCUGGACAACUUUACUGAUGUGAAAAACAUUCUCAUAGAAAUGGGAACCUACUUCCAAGUACAGGAUGAUUAUCUUGACUGCUAUGGUGAUCCUAAAGUCAUUGGUAAGAUAGGAACAGACAUUGAAGAUUUUAAGUGCUCCUGGUUGGUUGUGCAAGCCCUUGAACGUGCUGAUGAGAACCAGAAGAAAAUACUAUCUGAGAACUACGGGAAGCUAGAUGCUGCCCAUGUAGCUAAGGUGAAGCAACUUUACAAAGAUCUUGACCUUGAGAAUGUAUAUUUGGAGUACGAGAGCAAGAGCUAUGAAAAGCUGAUUGCAUCCAUAGAAGCGCAGCCAAGCAAAUCAGUUCAAGAGGUGCUCAAGUCCUUCUUGGGCAAGAUUUACAAGAGGCAGAAGUAGGAGUGAGUCACACCAGCAAUAGGAAUGCUUAGCCCGACCCCGUGCCACCAUGAAGACCUCGCCUAGUCAGCAUGAGGAUGGGGUUAAAAGCCCGAGUGGGGCCCUCCCUGACACUCCGAUAUCCCCACCUUCCAUCUUCGUGAUAGUAGGUGACGCUUUCCUAGUCACGUGACUCGGGUCUUGUCGUUUCUCUAGUUCUGAUUCUUCUUCCUUUUUCUUGUUUGGUAUUUAAUUUCCUGUAAUGCAUGUCUCUGUAUUUUUGUCGUUAUAUAUCAUUCAGGCACUCAUGCUGAUAGUUGGCGUAA